AUGGCGAAGAAAGGAGGAGCUACGCUCGUUGAGGAUGCACCGUGGCGAGUUUCGUCGGUAAAACCAGUGCCUAGGAUCAGUCGUUCUCCGAUUCUUAGCAUCUCUCAAAGCUCAGAGACCGAUUACGCCAUUUCCGUCAUGAAGCAUCCGAAUCCGGUGGGAGGUGGAUUGGCGAUGGAAGCUGUACUUGAAUCUGCAGGACCUGAAUGUGUUGUUCCUGGUCAAGUCACUCCUCUUCGGCUACUUGGUGUUAAGGUCUGGCCAGUUGAAGUUGAUCUUAAAUUCUUGGAACCAGUGGGAAAAGAGUUGAAAAUGCUUGGGAAGUGUAACUCAUGGUAUAUUAACAUCAUAGAUGGUCAUCUUCUUUUGGUUAGUGGGUUUCCUAGGAUAAUGUCCAAACUAAUGACGGGGAUCAACAAGUGGCACAUAGUAGGAGUCAAACCCUGA